AGAGAAGAAGUACAUGCAGCUCAGUCGAGCACAAAAUCAUGAAUAACAUGCAGUGCAUGGUCUUUUGUGAAGCAAUCGUUUAAUUAUAUGCGAACUGUUUGUUGCGUUUCGUCACCCACGUUCAGAAUAUAAGCAGUCCUGUUUAAGUUUGGCUUUUGUUGCUGUGGAUUAUGAUGGAAAGAAAACGAGCCUUAACUAUUCCGUUUUCUCGUGGCAAGGACAAUAUAAUGGAGAAUCCUCUGAGAAUCCCCACAACUUACCUUGAGUGUGGAAAAUUCCAACAACAGCAGAUUCCCUGGACAGCAAUUGCGGGUCAUAAAUCCAGACGACGUGACUCAAAGCACACAAAUGGAGCUGUGCUGUUUGACCACAACCAUGCAGCCAUGGUUAGGUUAGGACUGUCAGUGAGGAAGCCCUGUCUGAUUCUGACAGAUGUCCUGAAGACAGAAGCAGGCAAGGCUUACAUGGCGAAGAUCAAACGGCAUGUUAAUGGAAAGGAGAGUGGGCGCGUCAAAGAUCUACCCAUAGUCUCCAAAGACAGACGGUCCAAGCAAAGAAAGAGCACAAACUCAAAAAACAAGAGUGUUUCACCUAAGAGCAAGCAGACUCCUGACUCGUCCUACAAUGGAUCCACUUCUAGAUCAGCAAAAAAGGCUCAAACUACGAAGGAGGAGAGUGACUUGGAAAAUAAUGAUGAAGUGGGAUCUGGCAAAAAUGGGGUUGAACCUGUGGAUUGUGGAUUGUCUGUGAUGCGGGAACAAGAAAAUCAUGGUAAAUCCUCUGCAACUGAGAACAAGAAAACUGAACCAAAAAAGUCUCAGAAAAGAAAAGUAAAUGAUAUUGUGUCAGAGUGCACGGAAACAGACAGCCCCAAACGCCCCAGGGCCAGUGUAUUGCGCCUCUCAGGAGCUUUAGAUAUGGAAGGAGAAGCUACCAUUUGUUCAGAGAAGGAAGCUGAAGACAAAGCUUUGAAAAGCACUGAUGGUGGUAUUAUGCAGUUUACUGUAGGGGAAGGUGAUAAAACUGCAGAACCCAGCAAUUCAAUGUCACUGGAUAAUGGUGCAACCACAGCCAUAACUGAACCUAUUGUUCUUUCCAGUGAUGAUGAAGAAAAUUAUGAAAAAAUUGUGAGUCAGAAACAACUCUCGCAGAAAGCACUGUCACCUCAACAGAAGCCUGACCCUGUAGAAGAUAUGCAGGUGUUUCAAGUUCUAGUAAAUGACAAUUCUGAUUUAGUGAAAGACACUUGUUUGUGUUUGGCCUUUUCCGACCUAUAUUGUGGACCAUACCAUGCCAAGGCAAACGGGGACAUUCUUAUUACUGAUGAAAACAUCAUUAUACCACUGAAAAAAGUCACUGAAGAAAUGGAUUUGAUUAUCACACUGGAGCGCAAACAGUUAAGGCGGUACAGCGUUUGGAACAAGGGAGAACUGGAAUCACUAAAAUAUUUUUCAGACAGAAACGCAUCAGAAAUACCUGCGGCUGGAUUGCUAUGUUGUGUCUCGGAAGAUGCUGCAGAGGGUGUACAGUAUGACCUUGUUGAAUUGUGCGAUAAACCAGAGAGUCCUAGAACAACAGGAAUACCUAGCCCAUUCAUCGUGAUCUUUCUGCAAGAUUCUUUAGAGGGUAUGGAGGGGGCUUUUUUGCGUUCCCUUCUGGACAUAGACUGCCUCAGCUCUCUUACUCGACAACAAACCUUAGGAGAAUAUGAUCAGGAAAUCACUGGCCCAGGUCUUUCUUUGGAUCAGAGUGUAGAACUUAUAAAAUCAAGCGGACUGGAUGUACACCUGCUGCAGCUCCUGGACCAAGGAAGGGACAUCACAGGUGCAGAUUAUGGACAAGAAAGUACUUCAAACUGUGAUUUAAAAAUUCCCAAAGACACUGUUUUAAAACUGGGAAAGACAUCAGACAAUGAAAGGCCCUCACAGGUAGAAGAAGCUGCACAGCCUAAAGAAACACCCAAUCUCCCAGCUGAGAAGGAUGCCAUUGAGCCUGUAUACACAUUGUGCCAUCGGCGACUGGAGGACUCAUACUCUGUAACAAUGUGCAAACCAGACUCCAGCUGGGUCAAAUAUAAACAUCGGGGACUUGCCCGCAGGUUGAUUCAGUUUCCUCCACCUCCAAUGAAAGGUGGAAUUACAGUAACAAUGGAAGACCUGCAGUGCCUUGACAUUGGCCAGUACCUCAAUGACGUUAUAAUCGACUUUUAUCUGAAGUACCUUCUCCAAAAUGCCCCAGAGUCAGUAGCAAGGCGUUCACACAUCUUCAGCAGCUUUUUCUACAAACAAUUAACGCGCAGGGAUAAUGCCAGUGAAGGAAGCAACAGUGAAUCUUGUCAAAGGCAAAAACGGUACCAACGUGUUAGGACAUGGACACGCCAUGUGGACAUCUUCUCAAAGGACUUCAUUUUUGUGCCUGUUAAUCAGGAGGCUCAUUGGUAUUUAGUUGUUAUUUGCUUUCCUGGACUGGAGGAACCAAAAACUGAAACAUUUUCUCAGGGUCAGGAUGAAACACAAUCUUCAGAAUCCCCAAAUGAGAAUGCAGCUAACAAACAUGACGCCACAGACACAGAAAAAGAUACUACCAUUGACCCGGUGCUUGGUUCAGUGGCUUGUACUGAGCAGACUUGCAGAAGAAAGACUGUUUGCAAGAGGCCCUGCAUUCUUGUGAUGGAUUCCCUUAAGCGUUCUCCACAUGAGCGAGUCUUCAAGCUGAUGAGAGAAUAUUUGCAGUCGGAGUGGGAAGCCCGUCGAGGCUCAUCACGGGAUUUUGGACCAGAUCAGAUGGAAAGCUCACAUUGUAAUGUCCCUCUUCAGGACAACAGCAGUGACUGUGGCCUUUACUUGUUGCAUUAUGUUGAAAGCUUUUUAAAGGACCCCAUAGUACACUUUGACCUGCCUCUACAUUUGAAGUUUUGGUUCCCGCGACAUCAAGUUAGAAGAAAACGAGAAGAAAUCAGAGAUCUGGUACUCAAACUUUAUCGAACUCAAAAUAUGAAUGUUAAAGCAUAAGGACACUUGUAUUUACCACUGCUUCACAUUCCACUCACUUUUAUACACAUUUGCUCAUAGUGAGCAACAUUCUUUUUUUUUUUUUUGUCCUUAAGCAAACUGUAUGAAAAGUGUAGUUAAAUGUUAUUUUUUAACACUACCAAGGA